GGCCACGCCCCCUCCCGGAAGUAGGAGGUGGCGGCGGGCGGCGCGCGGGCGGAAGGCGGAAGUGAGGCAGGUUGAGGGACCCCGGGGGGGGGCGGGAGGCGGCGGCGACCCCCCCCCCGCCGGCACCGGCGCGGGCCCGGCAGGAUGGCUGUGACCUAGGCCCGGCCGGGGCCAGCGGGGCCGCCGGGAUGGAGCAGCCCCGGUACCGGGAAACGGCAGCGGAUGAAGGGAGCGACGGCCCCGGCUGGAGCCCGGAGCCCCCCGGGAGCGGCGGGGGGGGCAGCGCUGCCUGGAACGGGAGCUGCGGCCUGGGGGACGCCACCGACCUGCCCUUCCCCGGCCCCGGCUGCACCUGCCGCUACCAGGGGGAACCGGCUGCCCCCUUGAGUCCUGCGCGGCGCGACGGAUCCUGCAGCCUGUCCUGCCAUCACCGGGACACCGCUGCCCCCCCGGAGCCACCGGGGCCAGGUGAGGAGGACGGAGCCAGCGAGGAGGGCGCGGGGAAGAGCCGGAGGACGCGGAGGCGGCAGCGGCAGCGCUCGGGGAAGGAGGAGAGCGGCCGGCGCGAGGGCAAGCGGCAGCGGCCGGUGCGGAAGAGGAGCCGCGGGGACGACAGCGAGUUGCCGGGGCCGGUGGAGGAGCCAGCUGGCUGCCAGGGGCUGUUGGCCCAGGGGCUACUGGCCCGGGCGCGCAGGCUGGGUGCGGAGGCCGGCGGGUGGCUGCUCUGCUCCUGCUGCCGCCUGGGCACUGGGGACUUGUGCUGGGCGCGGGCUGGCGUGCGGGGCUGGGGCCGGCGAGUAGGCCAGCGGGCCCGCAGCAGCUGCCUGAGGGCAGCCCGGUGGCUACGGGCUGGGGCAGGGCUCUUCCUCCGCCUGCUCUGGAUGCUCUGCGCCCUCCUCCUCCUCCUCCUCAUGCUGCUGCUGGGCAGCCUGCGGCUCUGCUGGCGCCUCGGCGCUGCCGCGCUGGCCACUGGCGCCCAUCGGCUGGGCAGCAGCCGGCAAGUAGCCCGGCUCCUAGCCCUCCUGGACGUGGCCGUGCUCCGCAGGACGUGGGGGCUCCUCGGGGAGAGCCGGACUUGCCGCUACCUCUGGGACUGGUUGCAGAGGCGGCGAGCUCCCCCCUGGGUGGCCGGAGGGGACGGGCCGGGGGCCGGGGGGGCUCCUGCCGGCUCCGAGGAGGAGGUGAGCCGCUUGCUGGCCAUGGCCGAGGUGCCCGAGGAGGAGCUGAACCCCUUCCAGGUGCUGGGCGUGGAGGCCACGGCGUCGGAGGCCGAGCUGAAGAAAGCCUAUCGGCGACUGGCGGUGCUGGUCCACCCGGACAAGAACCAGCACCCGCGGGCGGAGGCGGCGUUCAAGGUGCUGCGGGCGGCCUGGGACAUCGUCAGCAGCCCCGAGAGGAGGAAGGAGUAUGAGAUGAAGCGGAUGGCGGAGAGCGAGCUGACGAGGUCCAUGAGCGAGUUCCUGAGCCGGCUGCAGGACGACCUGAAGGAGGCCAUGAACACCAUGAUGUGCAGCAAGUGCCAGGGCAAGCACAAGAGGUUCGAGAUGGACCGGGACCCCCUCAGCGCCCGGUACUGCGCCGAGUGCGGGGUGCUGCACCCCGCCGAGGAGGGCGAUUUCUGGGCCGAGUCCAGCCUGCUGGGGCUGAAGAUCACCUACUUUGCCAUGAUGGAGGGGAAGAUCUACGACAUUACGGAGUGGGCCGGCUGCCAGCGUGUGGGGAUCUCCCCCGACACCCACCGCGUCCCCUACCACAUCUCCUUUGGCGCCAGAAACGCCGGCCCGGCCGGGCGGCAGAGAAGCGCCUCCAAGGGCAGCCCCACCUCGGCCGCCGACCUGCAGGACUUCUUCACCCGCGUCUUUCAGGGGAGCUCAGGAGCGAUGCCUGGGGGGCCCUUCCCGCCGCCCCCCGCCCCCCCGGCGGCAGCAUCCCCCCCCGGGGCUCCCCCCAGGGCGGAGGGCACAGUCCCCAAGGGCGAGGCGAAGCACAAGAGGCGGAAGAAGAAGGAAUCUCUCUCUUUGAAGUGAGCAGGGAGGCUGUGGGCCGCUGGGGCGAGCGGGAGGAGCUGUGCCUUGGCGCCAGCUGUACCAAAGAGCCCGGCGGGGCGCGGGGCAGCCGGGACGGACGGACAGACGGACGGACCGGCUGCCGCAUUUCUUCAGGGUUAUUGUAAACGUUCAGGUGACGCCUGGUGCUGGGGAGGGAAACCCCCCACCCUCAGCCGCUGCUGCUCCUUCAGCCGCGGGGCCAAAGCCACCGGGGGCUAUUGGGGGACUCACGUGAGUCCCCCCUGGGGGGCAGCCUCUGCCAGCGCCGUUUGCAUAUUUCUUUUUUAAGCAGCUUGUUCCGUUUUUUUUUGUUGUUUUUUUUUGUUUUUUUGCUCGCCCCGAGCUAUUUAUUACUGCGCGCGGCCCCUUUCUGUUCGUACAGCCGCGUAUGUUGGCUACGCUCCUCCUCCUCUUCCUCCUCCCAGCGCGGCCCCAGCGCCUCUGGCCACGCCACUUUGGCUUUUCCUGCCCCAGUUUGGCUCCGGGGACCCUCGUCCCCUUCUCUCAGCGCUGAGGACCAAGAGCAUUAUUUUUUUAAAAAAAAAAAAAAAAAAAAAGAAAAAAGCAACGGCAGGAGCUGCUCAGGGGCCGCUGCCGAAACUCUACUGCGAGUGUUUUUUGCCGAGAAACGUCUCUCCGGCACCUCACCGAGCGUUUAGUGGUUCCCGGCGCUCCACACCGUGGGCCGGGCUGGUCCUUGACGGGGAGUGACAGCCCUCGGGGGCCACGCGAGGCUCCCCAGGCUGCCACCAGCCCCAGCAGGGCCAAGCCGGCCCCUGCCUGGGCUGAAACGCUCCCGAAACUGCUGCCGUAGGCGCCACCGUUGCUUUCCACUAACCUUUUUUGUACUCCCAGAGCGGAGCAGCUGGGUUUUAAACGGUA